CCGCAGAGCAGAUGACGAUAUGAGCUACUAGCAGCAGCAGCAUCCAACGACAGAAAGGGAAGAGAUUUUCCCUUAUCCUCUUGAUGGAGCUCCUCCUGCGUCCCUCCCCUCCGCCGCCGUGGGCGAUUCCACGGCGGAGCUCUGGCGAGAGAACCAAACCCUGCCGCUCCCGCUCCCGCUCCCGCACGGGAACCUCUAAGCAAACAUUUCCUGUCCCUUUACUGGUUGGCAAGGUUGGAAGACGUCCGUUUCCUGUGCAGUGUUCUAUAGUUCGAUGCUGCUUGUCAUCAACUGAUGCCAUCCAUUCUACAAGUGAUGACAUCCAUGAAGAUAAUGGACACGGCCAUUUUCUUAUGAAGUCUACAUCUGACCUUCAGAAAGUGAUAUCUUCCUGUUUUGGGAAAGCAUGUCUUCUCAGUUCUGUCAUGCUUGUUCUACCACCCAGUUGUUUCGCAGAACCGUGUGAGCCAGAGUACUCUCUACCUAACAUGCCUUUGCUUUUUGCAAUUGCCAUGAUUGGAGCUACCGUUGGAGGGCUCCUUGCAAGACAACGGAGAGGGGAGCUUAAACGAUUGAAUGAUCAGCUACGUCAGAUAAAUGCAGCACUGAGAAGACAAGCCAAGAUUGAAUCUUAUGCUCCUUCUUUGAGCUAUGCACCGGUUGGUAGUAAGAUACCUGAAUCAGAAGUCAUUGUUGAUCCCCAGAAGGAUCGCUUAAUUUCAUAUCUGAGGGCUGGGAAGAACUAUCUGAGAAACCAAGCCCCUGAUAAGGCAUUUCCUGAGUUUAAGGCUGCUUUUGAUCUUGCACAAUCCUUGGGUGAUCACGUCGAAGAGAAGAAGGCGGCACGUGGAUUAGGAGCAUCUUUGCAGAGACAAGGCAAGUACAAGGAAGCUAUAAAGUACCACUCCAUGGUGUUGAACAUCUCUAAGCUGACCGGAGAGGACGCAGGUGUUACAGAAGCCUACGGUGCGAUCGCCGACUGCUACACUGAGCUUGGUGAGCUCGAGAAAGCAGGCAAGUUCUACGACAAGUACAUCGCAAGACUGGAGAAUGACUGAACAGAUUUAAAGAACCGUGUGUGCAACCUUUGAGAGCUCAAGUAGGGCUGUGUCCCAUCUUUUGCCUUCUUUGGCCUGUCUUGUAGCAACGUUUUUGUAGUGGACGCUCAGUUCAUGGCUGUAACUGAGGCACAUGCCAUCUUUCAAGUUAUUUCUACUAAAUAGUGUCAUCAGAUUUUUUUUUUCUUUGUCUGGUCAAGAUCGGCACCAUGUUGUGUAAAAUUUCUCCAUCUGUUCCAAGUUAUAAGCAUGGCUAUGUAUCUGGCUAUGCUUGUCCUGAAUCAGGAAUGCUUAUGUUUUGAAACA